CCGCCGGAAGCCUCCCCGCAAGCCUGUGCCGUGGCUUUCCAUACAGAUAACAAAACUUCAUCUUAAUCUCCUAUCCGAGAGUGCGAGCGGGCGUGGCACGCCUGCUCCGGCGCGACGAGCCGAGCAAACAUAUUCUCCGCGGUCAACAACUUCUUCGCUGAUUCGCCGCUGGUGAAUCAGCUCAAGGGCAUCAUGACGAGACAGACGAGCAGUGGCGGGGGUGAGCCGGGACCACCGGACGAGCCAUCUCGCCCCGCCAGCCGGGGCCCUCCUUCCGUGGCUCUGAGCCACUCUGAGAGCCAGCUAUCUCAGCGAUCCGUGUCGCCCGUAGGCGUCCAACGGCAGGUGACGUUCCUCAAACCGGCCGCCGAUACCAACCUCGACAGGAAAGCGUCUAUCGUGGAUGAGACCAGUGGCAUUACAAGGACCCAGAUGAAAGAAUUCCGCGAGGCGUUCCGUCUCUUCGACAAAGAUGGCGACGGCACCAUCACCAAGGAGGAGCUGGGCCGGGUCAUGCGCAGCCUGGGACAGUUCGCACGUGUCGAGGAGCUUCAGGACAUGCUGCAGGAGGUGGACAGCGAUGGUGACGGCAACGUCAGCUUCGAGGAGUUCGUCAGCAUCCUCUCCAAGUCCAUGUCGGUGGGCAGCGGCGCCAGCUCCGCCGAGCAGGAGGAGCGCGAGCUGCGCGACGCCUUCCGCGUGUUCGACAAGCAUAAUCGAGGGUACAUCUGCGCGUCGGACCUGCGAGCGGUGCUGCAGUGUCUCGGGGAAGACCUUUCCGAGGAGGAAAUUGAAGACAUGAUAAAAGAAGUGGAUUCAGACGGAGAUGGUCGCAUUGAUUUCCUAGAAUUCGUCCGAGCGCUGGGAGAGCCAGAGGACGCGUGUGACGAGGAGGACGAAGAUGACGUCAUUGACACCGAGAUCGCGCUGCCGAGGCCUGUCGCCGCCAACUAGAUCGAUCAACUAA